AUGCAGGCACUAAAUUUACAACCAGUAUUUAAAUUAGAAUUAAAUCAUAAAGUUACACCUGGAAUUGUAACAAUUGCAAAAUACGAUGGUACCCAUGCCUGCCUUACAGCAUCCGCUGGAUACGAUAAAAUUAUCAUUCAUCAUCCCCAUGGAGGGAUGAUAAGUGGACGUGCACAACGCUCGUUAGCCCACGGAGAAGUUUCUGAGCUUAAUCUUAGUCAAGCAGUCAUAGCUUUAGCUACUGGGCCAAUUAAGCCAGAUUGUAAUCGAGAUAUGCUACUUAUUGGAUCUCCUACACAGAUUUUAGCCUACGAUGUUCAUGAUAACUCUGAUCUCUUCUUCAAAGAAGCUCCCGAUGGUGUAAAUGUUAUUAUUGUGGGUUAUUUUGGUAAAUAUAACAAUAUAUUAGUAUUUGUGGGUGGCAAUAGCUCAGUUCUUGCGCUUGACUGGGAAGGAACCGAAUACUUUUGGAAUGUAGUAACUGGUAAAGUUUGUUCAAUGAUGAUAUUAGAUUUUGAUAAGGAUGGUGAAAAUGAGCUUCUUAUUGGUUGUGAGGAUUCCUACAUUAGAGUAUUAAAAAACAAUCAAUUUAUAAUGGAAAUUGCUGAAACUGGACCGGUGAUUUGUUUGUCACAAAUUAGCGAUGUCAGAUUUGCAUAUGGACUAGCAAAUGGAACCAUUGGAAUUUACGAAGAAGGCAUUAGAUUGUGGAGAGUCAAGUCUAAACAAAAUGCAAUUUCACUUCAAUGGUCAGGAGGAAAUCUGGCAUGUUGUUGGACUAACGGUCGUAUAGACUGGCGUGAUGAAAUAGGACGAGUUCAACGUCGCGUUCAAAUGCGAUCUAAUGCAGCAGCAAUGUUGCUCGCCGACUAUCGUACUGUUGGCAUGCCCGAUCUUGUUUGCAUUUCUGAUCGAGGGGAAGUAUUAGGUUAUCCUCCUCUCCAAGAAAAUAUGGACUCAAAUACAAGUUCAAAGAAAAUAGCAUCAGAAGAAGAUCGCUUGGCUGUUACUGAGUUAUUAAAUAAGAAACAGGCAUUACUGGUCGAGUUGCAACAUUACGAAGCGAAUGUUGCAAAUGUGAAUCACGAUCAAGAGAGGUCUUCGACUACAAUCCCAACGAACACAAGAUUACAAGUGGCUGUUGCACCGGAUAGUGAGGAAGGCUGUCUUCAACUGGCCGUCUCGACAAAUAAUGAGACGAUUGUACGCGUCGUGUUAAUCCUAGCAGAGGGUGUAUUUGAAUCUGGAGAAACUUUAGCAAGACAUCCUCAGCCGGGGCAGUUGAAAUCUUUACUUUUUGUACCUUUGAAGCCACCAAGAGAUGUUCCUGUUGAUGUUCAUAUUAAGGCUCUUGUUGGUUACCCGGAGAGUGAGCAAUUUCAUAUUUUUGAACUUACAAAACAGUUGCCGCGAUUUUCAAUGUACAUGUUGUUAAAUCCGUCUAUAGUGAAUACGAAAAUUGAUAGCUAUGUAACAUUUAGGAUCAAGGAGCGAGUUCAGAGGAUUUGUAUUUGGAUCAAUCAAAAUUUCCUUUUAGACGAAGAAAUUGAAUUAGGAAAUGAAGACACAAAAGAGCUACAUGUUCGUUUUUUAUGCCUCAGAGAUAAAUCCUAUUUAGAUAUGGAUUUUGGUGCUGAUGGUCUAGUAAAAUUUACUACGCUUGACAUCAGUCUAGCAGGCGAAUUAGUUCAAAGCUUAGCUAUAUACUUAAAUUUAUCCGACUUACAGUCAACUGCUAGAUUUCCAGAGGCAGAAGAAAAAAUAAGAGCUAAAAUGGAUGUUGUAUCUGAAAUAGGAGAAACAAGGCAUAGGUUAGCAGCGGAAACAGCUGAAAAAGCUCAGUUGAUUACAGCAUUGUUACCGGCUGCUCAAGAUGCCGCAUCCUAUGACUUGAAAGAGAUGUUAAAUAGGUAUAAGGAUGUUAUUUUAUUAAAUGAAGAACUAUUGACAAGCUGUCACAUGCGACGUGCUACUCAAGAACAAGCAGUGGCAUCGCUCAAAGAUCUUCAUGCGAUUUUACAACAAGCAGCUCGACUAAGAGUGGGCAAAUAUGCUAAAGCAGUAAUAAUGGCAUGCAGGACAGCUGUCAGUGAUAAUAACACUGAAGCACUGGUGAAGAUUCUUCAAGCAGGGGAUGCAUAAAAAAGCCUCUUAUAGAAAUAAUUUAUUAAUUCACCUAAUAUUUUUAAACAAUAACAUUCAGUCAGAUCAUAACAAAUGAGGUAAUUAAAAAAAUAAUAAUAACAAAA